AAAGAAAGUCAUACAGGUUUGGAACAACACGACGGUCAAGUUGGACCCUGUUAACUCUUUCUCAGUUCUCCUUGUGCAUGUGCAACUGAUGGCAUAUAUGCAUUUCUUUGGAGAAAAUGAAUGCUGAAAAAAAAAAAGAAAAAAACAUCCUAAACCAACAUAAGCUGGUUUGCUGGUGUUAGCUAGUUUAAUCUGGUCUCCAAGAAUGGCCAGCUGAAACCCUCUAAAACCAGCCAACUGACCAGCCAAUGGAUGCUGGGAGACCAGCCAACCAGCUUAGGUUGGCUUUAACUUUUUCUAUCAGCACCGAUAUGAAUAAAUAACUUUUAAAAGACUUUAAAACAAACAUGCAGCAAUUUCAUUGCUCCUUUUCUGCACGGUAUAGUUAAAAAGUGUAGAUCCUGUGCGUUGAGGAGGUGUGUCAGAACCUGUUGACUGAUGUCUAAGUUUGCCUGGAGGGCACUUGUAAACAACAGAAUACACCUUUGCUUAUAGGCAGCUGACCCACGUGACACAUCCAGAGAUUGCCUUUAAAAAACCCUCUCACCUGAGCUGAGACUGACAGAUCAGAUCUGGUAGGAGAGAGGAGGAUUUUAACAUGUGGAUGUUCUGCUAGCUGUCUGAAUACCAUAAAGGACCACAAGUGCGACAGCUAUCAUCAUUUAUACCAGUGCUAACAUUUGCAUUUUGCAGAGGACAAGUGAUGAGUCUGGCCAGCACCAGUACAGAAUCUGAAGUUUCAGAAGAUGAGUUGGAGGAUUGUCCUUUGAGUCAGGAUGGCGACUGUGGCACUGAAAGCCCCGCAAAGUUCCCUUUUCGCUCAGAACGCUCAAGUUCUUCCGGCCCCAGUGACACAGAAAAACUCAAGGUGGUGAAAAGGCUUAAUCGUCCAGUGCGGUCCAAAGCACGAAGAGUUGCAGCCAACAUCCGAGAGCGAAAGCGUAUCUUGGACUACAAUCAAGCUUUUAAUGCCUUACGCACUGUUCUCAAGCACGACAUCAGUGGAAAGCGUCUCUCCAAGAUCUCCACGCUACGCCGUGCCAUCCACCGUAUUUCAGCACUGUCUUCGUUCCUGGGGACGCAUUCAACCAUGGAACCAGAUGCACCGCCCUGCACCCAUAUGGAGUGCUACAGGCAGCCAGAAGAGAAUGAUCGGCUACCCAGAAAGACAAUAAGUUUGCAGAAACCGGUGGAGAACUAUCUUCACUAUCAGUCAGAGCUCCAGGGAACCCAUGACCACAUGGUCUCUGCAGAAGAACCUGGGAUUUUGUAUCAGGAUAUAUUAGGCUCAGCACUCCUGUGUCCACCAUCCCCACACUACAGCCACUGCACCACCAACAAUGAGCUACACAUCAAUCAUGGACAUUAUAGUCACCAACUGAAUGACCAAAGUACUGAAUAUUACAGUGUGGUGCCUGGAAAUCAACAUGGAAUGAGGGUCAGCUGUCAUCAGAAUCAAAUGGACACCUAUGCAGAUUCUACUACAGUGCCUUUGGCUUGGCAGCUGGGUUACCUGCAAUGUCAUGGAUACCAGCAUUCUCUGAGUAUUCACUGAGUAACUUGUUUAUGGUACUCUUAUGAUGGAAAGCAUUAGCUAUUCAUAAAUAUAAAAAUAUUGUGCAUUUUAAAUGAUUCAAAAUUCCUGAUUUGUUUUGUCAUGCACAAACCCCAAA